AUGAUCCACUCGGGACAUCCAGUCACCGAGUACAUCCAACAAGCCGUCCGACACGUACAGCUCCGUCAGGGUGUUAUUGGUAUCAAGGUAAAGAUCAUGCUGCCUCACGAUCCUCGCGGCCAGAUGGGACCCAAGAACGCUCUUCCCGAUCACGUCCAGAUCCUGGAACCAGUGCCAGAAGUCAACCCCACCGAGCCAAGCUCUGAACACAAACUUGAGAAGAAGGACGUUAUCCCUAUUGUUCCCCCGCCGAUGCAACCCGUCGAGGUCACUCCGGCCUAUUAA